UUUUUUUGGUAUGGUAUGCGCAUUUAGAUCAGCACUUCAGUCUUCUUUGGGGAACCUCAUGGUCCUCGGAGUCAGCUUCAUUAUUAACCAUAAGUAAACAGCCUCUAAUCCAGCUCUUUGUAACUUUUUUUUUGUGGGGGGAGAAACAAACUCGGGAGUACAAACUAAAACAUCUCCAACUGUUACUGAGCUGCUCGUCGGCCGGCAAACUUCUCUGCAAAAACAAAGGGGGGAGAAGCAGCGUGGGAGACAAGCACCUGCAAACAUGACACGGAGAUCCUGCGCGAUCCCAGCCGUCGGGAUCAUCGCUGCGCUCCUGCUGGUCGCUGGGAUUGGUUUACUCCUGUCCCAUGCUUUCCGCACACUCAUGCAAGAGCGCCUCAAAAAGGAAAUUGUUUUGGUGGAGGGCAGCCGUGUGUUUGAGUCAUGGAAAAAACCUCCCCCUCCUGUCUACAUGGAGUUCUUCUUCUUCAACUUCACCAAUAUGGAUAUGUUCUUUCAAGGGGCCAAGCCAGAGGUCGAGCAGGUUGGACCCUACACAUACAGGGAGUACAGGUAUAAGGAUAAUGUGAGCAUGAUGGAAAAUGGUUCAAAGGUGGUGGCAUACAACACCAAAAGCUUUGUGUUCGUGAGAGAGAAGUCUGUGGGCGACCCAACUGUGGAUAUCAUCACCACUGUCAACAUCCCUGCUUGGGCUGUAAUGACUAAGGUGAAAGGGAGUUUCUGGAGGUCUAACAUGGUGUCCAUUUGGAUGAGUUCUUUGGGGAGCGGUCUCUUCACUACUCGGACUGUGGAUGAACUGCUGUGGGGCUACGAAGAUCCCUUGCUGACCCGUGUCGCUAGCUCCCAGAAAGACGUGGAGACCACCUUUGGCCUCAUGUACAAGAAAAAUGGAACUCACAAUGGGGAAUUUGUCUACCACACUGGGCAGGAGAACUACUUGGAUUAUGGCCGUGUUGAAACAUGGCAAGGUCAAAGCCGGCUGACCUUCUGGACGUCUAACCAAAGCAACAGCAUCAAUGGGUCAGAUGGUAGUGCUUUCCACCCUCUGCUGAAAAAGGACGAACGCAUUUACAUUUUCACUCCAGACCUCUGCAGGUCGAUCUACAUGGAGUUUGAGAAAGACGUAGAGGUGAAAGGAAUCCCAGCUUACCGCUUCACACCACCACGCUCUGUUCUUGCCAGCAAAGAGGAAAACCCGGCUAAUGAGGGUUUCUGCGUCAGCCCACAAGAGUGCUUGGGAACUGGCCUUCUUAAAGUCAGUCCCUGUCGGAGAGGUGCCCCAGUGGUCGCCUCUUUUCCUCAUUUUCACCUGGGUGACUCUAAAUAUGUGGAUGCCGUUAAAGGAAUGUCACCUCAAUGGGAGGAUCACCAAACCUUCCUAGACCUUAACCCGACCACAGGAGUGAUUGUGCGUGCAAACAAGAGAGCACAAAUAAACAUAUUGAUCAGCAGGGUCAUUGGAUUCCCGAAAACUAAAGGCCUCAAUGACACCGUCUUCCCCGUCAUGUUCCUCAAUGAGAGUGUGGUGAUUGAUGAUGCCUCUGCAGCCAGAGUACAGAAGCUGCUGCUGAUUGUCACUCUAGUGUCCAACUUCCCACUUAUUAUUGUGGGACUGGGCGCCCUUAUGCUGGCAAUCUUCAUCGUCCUUCUGAUCAGGGCCCGCAAACAGAAGAAUGAAGUUAAGCGUGUUGUGUUUACCAAGCCUAUCUUUGCUACGUCCACUGAGGAAGAAACUUCUUACACUCCCGCCAGUGACAAGGAAAAGGAAGAUCCUCAAAAUGGAACUUAUAUCGCUUUGACAGCUAAAGAAGACCCGCAAGCUUGAGAAGGGGAGGAAUAGUCAGACGGGGGCUUACUUUAAGUACUUUAAGAGCCCACACAAUUACACAUACAGAUUUGGGUUUUUACAGGAGAAAAAAAAAUUGCCAAUGUUGCCUUUAUAAUUGGAAAUCUCAGGGGGACAGAAGGGCUAGAGAUGGGGAACAUAUUUUCAAUCCCAAAAAUAAUUGAAAAUGCUGUGUGUCAAGGGCUAUUAUUUGCUGUUUGAUAAAUCAUUUGCUGAUAGUGUGAAAAAAAAGAUAUUGACAAAAAAGCUACAAUUCUCUUAUGAGAAGAGAGAUGGUGAGCCCACAUUGUUAGAGGUCCAAAACAAACAAAACACACCCUUACAUACUGGAGUGUGUGUACCAGAUGUGGGAUGAAUUAGAUGCUUAGUGCUGUGGCCUCAUCUCAUUCUCUGUUUUCCUCGAUUAGUCUUCAGAUUUUAGUGCUAAUAUAACAUGGCAUAGAGGGUGACGGGACCAGGGGGAAGAAGUCCACAAACUGUGAGUUUUUUAAAUUUUUUAGAUAACAUACGUCACGCUCAGGGGGGCUCUGCUUAGAUACUAUCAAAGAUCAAAGAUUAGCAUAUCAAGGUCAGACGUUUCAAUCAAUUCAGUAUUACUAUGUUUCACUUGCAUUUCACCCUAAACUAAAUGUUACACACUAAUUUUGAUGGCUCAUUUCAAUUUGUGCGCUGUAGAGGGAUACCUGUGCACGUCAUUAACACUGUACCUAAAAAAACGUAUAGAUAAUGGCAUAUUCUUGUAUAUAUGCAGUGUGCGAUGUGUUGGACUGUUUACAUUCCUCUCAGUGCAUGAUGGGAAUAAUAUCAGACAGAACUGCUGUAUAUAUUGGAUACCCUAAUUUUUGUUUUUUGUAAAUGUUAAUGUAGAAAUGUGUGAACAUCUUGAAGUAGAGCUUCACAAAUGUCUUUAAGUGCCAUAAUUAGUGACACUUUUCAUUUAAGCCCUGAAGAUGACAGAAUUUUAUGGUUGAAACAAUGAUUCAUACAUGACUGAAUUUAUGUGUUGACAGUAUUUUUGCCCUGUAUAACUGCUUACGCUAUCUAACAUGGCCAUAGCAAAAUGUAAUUAAUCCUAUUAUCGCUUCAAAAUGUGCUUUUGUGAUGCUGUUGUUGAAGGCCUUAGCAUUAUUGAUGCUGAAUGUGACACCUAGCCAACCUUUGUUUUUUUAGUGUUGAAAGACUUCAGGAGGUUUCAUGCCAGGUUUCCAGCCAUCGCAAGUCAGAACUUGUGUAGGUUCAAUAUGAUGACACAUUGUAGCUGCGUCUUUUAAAUGAAUCAAUGUUACUGGAUCUGUUUUUGCCUUUUAGUUGUCAGGUAUUUUGUGAAAAGAAGAUAUGUCAUACCUACAAAUCUACUCUCAAGUGCAUAUCGCUUUCUUCCAGAUACCAAACAAAACUGAGCUUGACACUAUUUUUAUAGUUUUUAUAGAGACGGCAGGGUCAAACACUGCUUAAAUUAUAGAUUGUUGUACAAUGCUACAGCUUUGUCACUCAACUCUGGUGAAGAUGUUACGAUUUCAGGUGCCAUUUAAUGUAAUUUAAGCUGCAGAAUGACUUCAUUUGAACUGUGAUGAACCCUGCUUUUAUAACCGCUUUUAUUUUUAGUUGUUGAAUGAGUUGCUUCGUAACACCUCAUCAUUAAAAGCACUCUAAUAAUCAGCGAUGGCUACGACUAUCAUACAAUAGUGGAGAAGCUGUAAAAUGUUUCAUUUAGAGGUUUUUGAUUUUACUGUUUGUGCUUGAUGUAUACUAUAAUUCAGUUAAAUACCAUAAGAAAAUGAAAAUAGAAGAAAUUAAUGAAGAGUGCGUAAUCUAGUGUCACAAAUCCGUAGGAAAGUGAAUGAAUGAAGUAAAUCAUUGUAUUGCAGAACACAGUAUUACACAAUAUUAGUAUUGUGGUGAAGAGGAUAAAUUAUUUUAUUACGUUGGUUAAACCAAAAGUCCGAAGGCCUAACAUGGACUGUACACUGAGCUACUCUGUGCCAUACUUUGAUUACAGAUUGUACUUUCUGAAGUUAUUGUUACUGCUAGAACCACAUAUUCUUCUGAUAGUCAUCUUAUUUUGAAAUGUUGACUGUUAAUACUGUUUCUACUGUGUACACAAAAAUAAAAGUAGCUUCAGUAAA